GUAACACUCAGAGAGAGAGAGUUAAUACACGCAGAGACCAUGGACAAGGGUAAGGGAGUUUUGGUUCGUCGAUGGGCCAUCGAUUUCACCGACAAUUCAACAACUACAUCAUCCCGUGAUAUCCCAGAUCCUCUUGGUUUCUCUCGAGCUUCUCAAGAUCAGGACGAUUCGUCUGUAAGUAAACAAAAGAAGGAUGCAGAAGCCAAUUGGAAAGCUCAGAAAGCCUGGGAAGUGGCCCAAGCACCUUUCAAGAAUUUAUUAAUGAUGGGCUUUAUGAUGUGGAUGGCUGGAAAUACAGUUCAUUUGUUUAGCAUUGGCAUUACCUUUUCAGCUCUUUGGCAGCCCAUAAAUGCCCUUCAAGGUGUUGGGAAAGUUUUUGAACCUUACAAGGACUCAAAAGUAGAUACUCUUACUCCUAAGUUACUUUUCAUUGCCUUGAACUUGGUCAGUUUGGCAUUGGGUGUCUGGAAGCUGAACACAUUGGGUCUUCUUCCAACACAUGCUUCAGACUGGGUCUCAUCCUUGCCCCCUGCUCAGGAGGUUGAAUAUUCCGGUGGGGGUCUUCCACUCCGUUAAUGUUUGAUUUGGUGCGACUGGCCAACGCCAUUUAUUCUAACAGCAGUUCAAGUGGAAAGCUUACCAGAAUGGGUGGGAAGUUUGCUGCUCUUGAACCUGGAGGAUGUACCAUUCAUGGUUCACCAUGUGGAAUAUGGCAUGUGGGUUGAGGUUGUCUCAGUUACAUGGACCACAAUUUCGAUUUCAAUUUCAAUGUCUGGGCUCAGGAAGAGACUCAAAGUUGAUCAUGGAAGUGCUGCCCAUUUGAUUUGAUCAUUUAAUGGUACUGCCAUGACUUCAUUUUUCAGAAACUAUAUCCAACUAUGUAAUUUAUUACUAUGCAGAAUCAUAUAUUUGCCCCGCUAACUUUGAAACUAUGUAUGCUUUAUAAGACCCUUUUU